AUGUCCUGGUCUUCGUCGUAUCCUCCUCCACCGCGCCAUUCUCGCUCUCGUUCUCCUCCACGCGGUUCUUAUCCACCUAGACCUCCUCACCCUGACUCGGCAUACCCAGAAACAUAUAGGCCAGACUGGGAUGCCUAUGACAGGGAUCGAGCUUGGGCUAAUCACGAACGAGACCGCAUGGCUUAUGACUAUUCCCGCCGGGGAAGGAGUCGUAGCCCUCAACCUGACGAAGCUGGCAGGAAGCGACGGAGAUCAAUGUCUCCUUACGAGAGGGACAGAUAUGAACCAAGACCGCGCUACAACGAUGACUACGAUGCCCAUUCUCGCGGGUACGGCUACUCGUCACCGCGCCGUGGACAUGGUUCUUCGUUUCCUCCAAACCGACGCGCUCCGCCAGACCCACACACCUUUGACUAUCCCGCUUCGCUGAAGCAAUACGCGGAGUGGUUUCGGUACUAUUUUCCUCAACAAGCAAUCGACGAGGACAAUGCCGACAAGGCCGCUGAACACGAAGCUGGUGAUGGCUCAAAACCCCGUAACGGUAUCAAAAGUAAAUGGGAAAAGUAUAAGAAGGAUUUUGCUGCAACUCAGCUUCAAACAAUGUUUGAACAUCAUAGGAAGUCACCUUGGUUUGCCGAAAAAUAUGACCCAGCUCCGGAAUUCCAGAAUUUGCGGAUGAGGGUGAGAAAAGAGGGUUGGAAGGGGCGGCUUAACACUUUUCUUGAUGAUCUUGAAUCGGGCAAGUUUGACCCAGAUUUGAACGAGCCUGAUGGGGAACCCUCAUCUCCUGUUAAGGAGAACCCUGCCAAUGACGACACAAAGGCUGAGUCGAAUGGAACCGCUGUACCCACCGCUACUGAUAACACCAAGCCCACGGCUGGCGAAGAUGACAUGCAAUUCAACGUUGAUGCAGAUGAAGAGGCGGCUGAUGGAGAUGCCCCGCGCGUGGAUGCGAACGGAAAGGCCUCCUCGGAUAAUAGACGUCAAGUUCGCGGUGAAGAAAUUUCCGUGCCGCCCGAGGGGAACCAAGUUAUGAUUAGGACAAUCCCUCCCGAUAUCGGACGCGUCAAACUGGAGGAGGCUUGCUCAAAAAUCCCUGGUUUUAUUUAUAUUGCACUGGGUGAUCCUUUGCAAAAGCGCAAUUACUAUCGUGCAGGUUGGCUUCGUUUCACAGACGAUGCGGAUAUGCCCACUGUCAUGUUGGAGUUGACGGAAAAAAAGAUUGAAGGGUUCAAGUUGCAUGUGACUCACAAUCUUCGGCCUUUUGUCAACAAAAUUCGCUAUGCACCCGAAGUGGCCAGUCGACCUGAGCGGAUAGAGAAAGAUCUUGCGAACGCAAAAGCUCUUGCGGCUAUCUUGGAGGCGGAGGCCGAAAAGUUACGCGUUUCCAAACCUCAACCAGUUGCACCCAAGACCGAAGAGGGUUCGGCCCCUACUAAUUCUGACACCGAUACUGUCAUGGCAGCCCCGGAGGUUCCGGAUGAGGAGGAACCUGAACCAAAAGAGAGAGGAAGCGAUGCAGUAGAGCGCAGGAUCGAGAAAGUUAUGGCUGACAUGCGUAGCCAAGGUUUGGUCAACAUGGAUGAUGAAAAAACUCAUGAAGCAAAGAAGGCUGUAGUCUCGCUGGAUAUGUAUCUUGCCUAUCUUCGGGCUGCUUUCCACACAUGCUACUAUUGCUCUGUUGUUACCGACCAUCUUGAGGAAUUGCAACGUAAGUGUCUGAAACAUGCGAGAAAACCAUUGUCCAAGGCACAGCUUGAGGGAAUGAAGGCGGAGAUUGCGGAGAAUGUUGAGAAGGAGAAGAAGUCCAAGGAUGAAGAUGCUGACAAGGAGAAGGAGGUGAAAAAAGAAAGUACCGCCAAGGUCUCCUCUGACAACAAGGAUUGGAAGCGCAAUGAUGAGCGCUGGAUUGACUGGCUUGACUCAAAGCUCGCCUUGCUUCUCAAUCGAGAUGGUGUUGAACCGCAUCAAUAUGGUGGCAAAAGCUACGAGGAGGAGUUGACCAAGGCAGUUGAACCGUACAUCAAACAAGAGGACGAGGGCAAAUUCAGAUGCAAGACUUGUCAAAAGCUGUUCAAAGCUACAUCUUUUGUUGAGAAACAUAUUGCCAAUAAACAUCCAGAAUUGGUGAAACAACUUGAUGAGCUUCCAUACUUCAAUAAUUUCGCUCUUGAUCCACAUCGUAUUCAGCCCUUUGCACAUCCGCCAGCUGCCGUUGGAAACAGCAGCCAAGCGCCGCCACCCCAAGCCUACGGCAUCCAAGGGCCAGCUCCAUUCUAUGGAGGUGAAUUUGGUCGAGGGGCUCCCUUUUACCCUAAUGGACCGUUCCCUCCAGGCGCCUAUCCUCCUCCUCCGUAUCACAAUGGUUACUGGGAACCCCCUCCGUUCCCAGGUGCCAUGUAUCCUGGUGUCGGCGCUUAUCCCGUGCCAAUGCCGUCUUCGAGACGCGAUGACUUAAUAACGGCUCGACGGUUAAGCGACCGUAUCAGCGGAUUUGCAACUGAAAGCUCGGUUAUUCCUGCCGGCGCAGGCCUUCCUCCGAAGCCCACUUUAGCUGCUAUGGACACAGCGCUUGUGAGUGGAAGCGGAACUGGAAACGGUCGGAGGAAUAGGGGAAAUACAGGUGGUUCGGCCAGCGGACCACCUCCGCCCCCACCACCCGAUGCCAAGGAAGAUCCUCGUGCCGCGGCAGGUAAGAGAGUGAGCUAUCAUGACAUGGACUUGGUUGCAGAGGGCGAUAUCGAGUUAUGUUACUGA